CUGAAUAAUAUUCCAUUAUAUUGAUAUACGACAUUUGGCUAACUGGUUCAUCAAUUAAUGGACAUUUAUUUGUUUCUACUUUUUGGCUUUAUGAAUAAUGCUGCUAUGAAUAUUCAUGUAUAAAUUUUUGUGGUCAUAGGUUUUAAUUUCUCUUGGAUAUAUAUAUAUACACCUAGGAGUAGGAUUGCUGGGUUAAAUGGUGACUAACUUUGAGGGGCUGUCAAACUGUUUUCUAAAGUGACUACCCAUUCCCAGUAGCAACUCACAAGGGUUCCAGCAGCAAUUCAAUAGGGGUCCAGUUUCUCCCAGCAAUGCUUAGGGGUCCCAGUGUCUCCCAUCUUUGCCAACAUUUGUUACUCUCUUUUUGAUUAUAGCCAUCUUAGUGGGUGUGAAGUUGUAUCUCAUUGUGGUUAUUAUUUGCAUUUCCAUGAUGAUUUGUGAUGUGCAUCUUUUCAUGUGCUGUUGGCCGUUCGUGUAUGUUCUUUGGGGAAGUGUCUAUUCAGAUACUUGGCUCAUUUUAAAAUUUAGUUAAUGCUCUUUUUAUUAUUGAGUUACUUAUAUAUUUUUAGUUAUAAGUCCCAUAUCAGAUAUACGAUUUGUAAAUAUUUUUUCCCAUCUGUGGGUUGUGUGUUCAGGUUUUUGCGUGGACAUACCCUUUUGGAUAGAUCUAGGAGUGGAAUUGCUGAGUCAAAUGGAGAAUUGCUUGAACCCGGGAGGCGGAGGUUGCAGUGAGAUCAUGCCACCGCACUCCACCGUGGGCAACAGAGCAAGACUCUGUCUUGGAAAAAAUAAAAAAGACUUGAAACAUAUUAAUUGAACAUAAGUAUAGAUCUUGUUUGGAUCCUGUUUCAUGCAAACCAACUGUAAAAAGUUAUUUAUGAGCCCAUUGGGAGUAAUUUAAAUUUGAAAACCACUUGUAUAUUAGAUGAUUUUUAAACAAUUUUAAUUUUUUAAAGGUAUUAUUAUAGUAGUAUGGUUACAUUAAAAAGAAAGACUCCUUUCUCUUACAGAUAAGUACUGAAGUAUUUUGGAUGAAAUGAUGUUGAUAUCUGGAAUUUGCUUUAAAAUAAUUCAGCAUGUUUGGAGGAUUACAGACAAGACAAGAAUUGCCAUACGUUGAUAAUUAUUGAAGCUGGAUAAUAGGUGACACAACUAAAAAAAAACAAAGGUAUUUAUGGAAUUCCACUGAGUGGUAAUGGAUGAUGCAGUUCAAAUAACUAAGAUAAGCAUGGAUUCCUGGUUCAUUCUUGUUCUGCUUGGCAGUGGUCUGAUACAUGUCAGUGCCAACAAUGCUACCACAGUUGCACCUUCUGUAGGAAUUACAAGAUUAAUUAACUCAUCAACGGCAGAACCAGUUAAAGAAGAGGCCAAAACUUCAAAUCCAACUUCUUCACUAACUUCUCUUUCUGUGGCACCAACAUUCAGCCCAAAUGUAACUCUGGGACCCACCUAUUUAACCACUGUCAAUUCUUCAGACUCUGACAAUGGGACCACAAGAACAGCAAGCACCAAUUCUAUAGGCAUUACAAUUUCACCAAAUGGAACGUGGCUUCCAGAUCCAGAUAACCAGUUCACGGAUGCCAGAACAGAACCCUGGGAGGGGAAUUCCAGCACCGCAGCAACCACUCCAGAAACUUUCCCUCCUUCAGGUAAUUCUGACUCGAAGGACAGAAGAGAUGAGACACCAAUUAUUGCGGUGAUGGUGGCCCUGUCCUCUCUGCUAGUGAUCGUGUUUAUUAUCAUAGUUUUGUACAUGUUAAGGUUUAAGAAAUACAAGCAAGCUGGGAGCCAUUCCAAUUCUUUCCGCUUAUCCAACGGCCGCACUGAGGAUGUGGAGCCCCAGAGUGUGCCACUUCUGGCCAGAUCCCCAAGCACCAACAGGAAGUACCCACCCCUGCCCGUGGACAAGCUGGAAGAGGAAAUUAACCGGAGAAUGGCAGACGACAAUAAGCUCUUCAGGGAGGAAUUCAACGCUCUCCCUGCAUGUCCUAUCCAGGCCACCUGUGAGGCUGCUUCCAAGGAGGAAAACAAGGAAAAAAAUCGAUAUGUAAACAUCUUGCCUUAUGACCACUCUAGAGUCCACCUGACACCGGUUGAAGGGGUUCCAGAUUCUGAUUACAUCAAUGCUUCAUUCAUCAACGGCUACCAAGAAAAGAACAAAUUCAUUGCUGCACAAGGACCAAAAGAAGAAACGGUGAAUGAUUUCUGGCGGAUGAUCUGGGAACAAAACACAGCCACCAUCGUCAUGGUUACCAACCUGAAGGAGAGAAAGGAGUGCAAGUGCGCCCAGUACUGGCCAGACCAAGGCUGCUGGACCUAUGGGAAUAUUCGGGUGUCUGUAGAGGAUGUGACUGUCCUGGUGGACUACACAGUACGGAAGUUCUGCAUCCAGCAGGUGGGCGACAUGAGCAACAGAAAGCCACAGCGCCUCAUCACUCAGUUCCACUUUACCAGCUGGCCAGACUUUGGGGUGCCUUUUACCCCGAUCGGCAUGCUCAAGUUCCUCAAGAAGGUGAAGGCCUGUAACCCUCAGUACGCAGGGGCCAUCGUGGUCCACUGCAGUGCAGGUGUAGGGCGUACAGGUACCUUUGUCGUCAUUGAUGCCAUGCUGGACAUGAUGCAUACAGAACGGAAGGUGGACGUGUAUGGCUUUGUGAGCCGGAUCCGGGCACAGCGCUGCCAGAUGGUGCAAACGGAUAUGCAGUAUGUCUUCAUAUACCAAGCCCUUCUGGAGCAUUAUCUCUAUGGAGAUACAGAACUGGAAGUGACCUCUCUAGAAACCCACCUGCAGAAAAUUUACAACAAAAUCCCAGGGACCAGCAACAAUGGAUUAGAGGAGGAGUUUAAGAAGUUAACAUCAAUCAAAAUCCAGAAUGACAAGAUGCGAACUGGAAACCUUCCAGCCAACAUGAAGAAGAACCGUGUUUUACAGAUCAUUCCAUAUGAAUUCAACAGAGUGAUCAUUCCAGUUAAGCGGGGCGAAGAGAAUACAGACUAUGUGAACGCAUCCUUUAUUGAUGGCUACCGGCAGAAGGACUCCUAUAUCGCCAGCCAGGGCCCUCUUCUCCACACAAUUGAGGACUUCUGGCGAAUGAUCUGGGAGUGGAAAUCCUGCUCUAUCGUGAUGCUAACAGAACUGGAGGAGAGAGGCCAGGAGAAGUGUGCCCAGUACUGGCCAUCUGAUGGACUUGUGUCCUAUGGAGAUAUUACAGUGGAACUGAAGAAGGAGGAGGAAUGUGAGAGCUACACCGUCCGAGACCUCCUGGUCACCAACACCAGGGAGAAUAAGAGCCGGCAGAUCCGGCAGUUCCACUUCCAUGGCUGGCCUGAAGUGGGCAUCCCCAGUGACGGAAAGGGCAUGAUCAGCAUCAUCGCCGCCGUGCAGAAGCAGCAGCAGCAGUCAGGGAACCACCCCAUCACCGUGCACUGCAGCGCUGGGGCAGGAAGGACGGGGACCUUCUGUGCCCUGAGCACCGUCCUGGAGCGUGUGAAAGCAGAGGGGAUUUUGGAUGUCUUCCAGACUGUCAAGAGCCUGCGGCUACAGAGGCCACACAUGGUCCAGACACUGGAACAGUAUGAGUUCUGCUACAAGGUGGUGCAGGAAUAUAUUGAUGCAUUCUCAGAUUAUGCCAACUUCAAGUAAGCGGUAACAAGGGUCCGUGGACCAGGAGGAUUGCCUUUAAUAUUUUGUAAUAUUCUGUUUUGUUAAUAUACCCCAAAUUGUGUAUAUAUCUUAUAACUGUUUUAGAAAUUGGUACAUAGGCUUCUAUUACCUAUUAGGUGGAAAUUUUAUAUGUAAAUGUGUUAGCACUGAUAGUCCUUUUUCCAAUGUUUUAUUGGGGAAUUAAAUAGUGUGAUGUUUGGAUUGAUAUCGUGAAAUCCUCAGCCGGGAAAUUGGGCUGGAUUGUGCUUUGGUUAAUACAUCUUUCCCUAAAGAAGAUAAACACAAAAUCCAUUCCAGGUAGCUCGGCACCAACUAAGAAAAAAAGCACAAAGUUCUCAGAGCUCUCGAGGAAAGUGGUUGUCCCCAUACCACCAUGCACUGUAAAUAUCCCUCCCCUCUCUCCCUGGUCCCCUCCCCCGUCCCCACCACCUAUAUCAUGGGGAGUAAUAGGACCAGAGCGGUAUCUCUGGCACCACACUAGGGACUAUCAGGUAAUAAAAGCUUUGACUCCCUGAGGAAA